AUGACUUCAAUGCUCACAACAGUGAACGGUUGCAAGUUCUGCGAUAUUGUCAAGAAUAAGAAGGAGUUGCAGUUGAAGGAAAAGAAUAUGGUCGUUGUCAUCAACGACAUCAAGCCAAAAGCCAAGCAUCACUUCCUGGUUCUCAGCAAGCAGCAUAUUUCGAAACCGACCGAUCUUACAGUCGCCGAUGUGCCGCUUCUGGAAGAAAUGGAGAGAACAGGACGAGAGCUGCUUCGCGAGCAGCUGAAGAAGGAGGGCGAGGCGGACACUGUCGAAGACAUGCUUCGCAUCGGAUUCCACCUGCCACCACUGCUCUCCGUUCAUCACCUUCACAUGCAUAUCAUCUAUCCGAUCAGUGAUAUGGGUCUCAUCUCCCGAAAACUGACAUUCCGGCCUGGCAAAGUGUUCAAACCGGCACGCGAGCUGAUCGAUCAGCUGAAGGAGGACGCCGGCGUGCCCGAUCCACUAGAGGGAAACCCAGCGAAGGACGACGUUCACGGAAAGAUUCCUGCUCAAGUGAUAACAUAA